AUGUCCUUACCAAUUAAAUUAUAUACUUUUGGAACUCCAAACGGAUUUAAAGCAAGUAUUAUAUUAGAAUUAUUAGGUUUAAAAUAUGAUGUUAUAAGUGUUGAUAUAACAAAAAAUGAAAGUAAAUCAGAUUGGUUUGAAAAAUUAAAUCCAAAUGGUAGAAUUCCAACAAUUGAAGAUCCAAAUUUUAAAGGAGGAGAAGGAAAAGGAGAACCUUUGGUAUUAAGUCAAACUGGUGCUAUAUUACAAUAUUUAGUUGAUACUUAUGAUAAAGAUCAUAAAUAUAGUUAUCCAUUUGGUACAAAAGAUUAUUAUAAAACUUUAGAAUAUUUAAUAUUUCAAGUUUCUGAAAAUGGUCCAAUUCAAGGUCAAGCAAAUCAUUUUGUUUUAUUUUCCAAGGAAAAACAUCCUUAUGCUAUAAAUAGAUAUUUAACAGAUACCAAAAGAAUUUAUGGAGUUUAUGAAGAUAUUUUAAGUAGAAAUAAAGAAAAUGAUUCAAAAUAUUUAGUUGGUGAUCGCUAUACGGUUGCCGAUAUUGCGCUAUUCGGAUGGAGCAACAGUUUAAAGAAAUUAGAUAUUGAUAUUCAUGAUUGGCCAUUAUUAGGUAAAUGGUUUGAUUCAUUAAGUUCUUUACCAGCUGUUCAAAAAGGUUUAAAAGUUCCAGCUCCAAAACAAUAA